UCUUUUAUUAUUUGACGAUGAUUUCUUUUUGAUCUCGAGUGAGCGGUGUGUUCGUCAAAAAAAGUGAAGUGAAACCGAACUGAUUCUGCUUAUUUGAGAAAAAAUUUUGACUAAAAGUACCAGUGAAUAUCUUCAAAAUGCCAAUGCUUACGUACAGCAGCACGACGAGCUGCGGCGGUGCGUCGGAAAACGAAAAUGGAUCGCCGGCGGACUCGCUGCUGUCGGGCGAAGGUGAAAUAAUAGCCGAGGAGCUGGCCGGUGGCGACUCCCCGGAAACGAGCCGCGGCGACGACGAGGAGGAGGCCACCAUGUCCGAUGAUUUUUAUUCGCACGACACCGACGACGAGGACGAUCAGCAAGGCAAUCAGCAGCAGCAGCAAGGCAGAAAAAAACAGGAGCGCAGCAACUCCGCCGACGGGGCAUCGUCACCGAGAAGCAACGGCUUCGGCGAAUCAGCGAGUCCGCGAGUCGGAAGCAUCGGAGUGAGGAAGUUAUUCACCAACAGCCGGGAACGCUGGAGACAGCAGAACGUCAGCGGGGCCUUUUCGGAAUUAAGGAAAUUGGUACCCACUCAUCCUCCGGAUAAAAAGUUAUCGAAAAAUGAAAUUCUUCGAAUGGCUAUCAAGUACAUUCGCUUGUUGAGCAGCGUUUUGGAGUGGCAAAAAUCUCAAGAAAGCAACGAAACUAUUUCUAGCGCAGUCCCGGACAUAUUCAUCAAGUCCGAGCCCUUGCAUCAACCUUCGAUUUUGAAUCAGCAAACGACUGCCGCAGCCAUUUAUCAAGCCAAAGCUGCUAUCGCGUGCAUCAAGCAAGAGAACAACAAAUCGCGCAUCGUUUUUUCCACUUCCAAGUCGCAAUUCUUAAAUUCCCAAACCUCCACCGAUAAGCAUAAGAACAACUUAUCCAUGAUAUCGGUGCACAGUUUUGCCAGUGUAAAAAAUUCAAUGAGUCAUUCGGCGAUCAAUGCUCAAAAUGAUUUGUCGAAUCAAUUUUUAGCUAACAAUCUACCAUCGUUCUCUAAUAAUUUAAAUUCUUCGAGGGCUCUAAAUAAUAAAGCUGGCCUUGGUAAAGGUGGACAUACCAGUGCUCAACUAAACUUAAAUAUCGUAUCGGGCGUUCCAUCGAACCUGUCUAACAGUGCGACCUCAAAAGCUCUUAAAACAGAAAUAAAAAACGAAGAUGAAUUAAUGACGCGCGUCCGAUGUUCAUCGCGUGAAUUAACGAAUGGUCAAUUGAUAAACGUUCGAAAAAGACUCAAGGGAUCUUACAAUAAAGACUCGGAAGAACCUAAAUUGAAAAUGUCUUGUUUGCGUUAAAAUUAAUAUUUUUAAAAAGCAGGCCUUAAACUUUAAUCUGUUUUAGAAAGACAUCAGGAGUUGCAAUUAUUCUCAUUACCAAUUCAUUUACUUUAAAAAAAAAAGGAGCGAAAAGCAAACAAUAAUAUCAAGGGAACGAACGCGCUUGCUCAAUCUCACGAAUGAUGCUACAGCUUAAACUUUAAUGUAUUUCAAGUGCAUCAGUUGAGUAUAAAUUAUUUUUAAUAAAGUUUGAUUAUUCUAAUCUGUAAUGUAUGUUUAUUGUAAAAUAUGUAAACGACCAAAAUUAAAUAGGGCUUCUUGUUAAUGUUAUUAUUACUUUGUAGAGAAUUGUAAAAAAUGUAAAAAAUAUUAACAAUGGUGUCUUUUUGUUUGCGAAUGAGUCGAUAAUAAAUGUACAAUCAAAUUUUUUUGUAAAAUAUGUUUCUUAUUUGACCAGCAACGAUUUCAAUGUUAACGUAAAUAUAAUACACACAUAUUAUAUUACAUAGACGACAAUUAUGCAUUGUUUGUAAUAAAAUAUAAGACAAUUAUU